AUGGAAAUUCGUAUCGAACCGAAUGCAUCAACAAGAAGUUCAUCACUUCCACCACUCAAAAGGGUCACUUCAACAUCUCAAUUUCCGCUGAACUCCAAUUCACAAUACAGACCUUGGGAAGCGAACUUCCCUCGAACUGGAACACUUAAAGUCCAAGAAGAUAUUGUUGCCAGAUCCCAGCAAUCUUCAGCUGAGACGUCAACAUCUCAGUUGCCGCCGCUAUCCGAAGCACAGUUGAAUCGUCCAGCAUGGAGGAUGUUAUACGAUUCACCGUUCCCUUCAGUGAAAAAAUCUGAGCAAUCUUCAACUGGCACCAACAAAGUAGUUUUGGAGAACCCGGUGACUCCUGAAAAAACUGAGAAAACUAUGGAUGAUGAGCUGAUGAACAACAUUGGUGAGAAAAGUUAUAUCCAAAAUAUCAUGUGCGAACAGGAGGUUGCUAACGAAAAACUAACGCCGACAUGGACUGGAAGUUCAUCACUCCCAGCACUUGAAAGGAUUAUGUCAGAAACUCAACUACCGCCACAAUCCGAUGCUCAGCUUCGUCGUCAUAUAGGAAGAAUGAGAGACUUCCCACGGUUACUUCCAAAACAAGAUCAGCAAUCUUCAGUUGGCACUAGCGAGGUGAUGAGUCCAAUGCCUCCUAAAAAUACAAUGGCUCAAGGCCGCCGUUGGGAUAUGUCAUAUCCAAAAUAUCAUGCAUGCACCAAAGAUUGCUACAGAAAAAUCAGUAACAACACCGACUAG